UUAAUGGAUAACCAGGAUCUAAGGGUCAUCGUUCUAACGGUCACUGUCCUGGGGUCCUUCCAUAUUUUCUUCGAAACAUUUUCGUUCUCCAUUACAUUUCAAACCAACCUAUGAACCAAAUUUUGAUAGGUUCAUUUUUAGAUACACCUUCGCAGCAGGUAUUUUGAUUCUAUGCAAAUGUAUGCCGACAUAAAAACUUCCGAUAUUACGAUAGGCUCCCCUGUUUCCGUAGUGGUUUGUCCCGCAGGUCAAAGUUCGACACGAAAACUCCAAACCACCGUACGGUCAUAGACAGUCUUCGUCGGACACAAGCCUUACAAAAUGUUCACGUUGGCGGAGGUCGCGGCGACAGUUCGCGACUACGUGGAUCUUCCGACGAUCCUGGUGGCCAUGUCGACCUGCCUGCUGUCCUACCUGUACCUGCAGCGUCACAGAAACCUCCCGCCCGGACCCUGGGCCUGGCCGGUCCUCGGCAACAUCCCGUAUUUGGCUUCGAAAGCGCCUGCCUUUGGCCCAGAUGUCCUGUACGAGCUAUCCCAAAAGCACGGUGACGUCAUGUCCCUUUGGAUCGCGCGGGAACUGCACAUCGUCGUCAGCGGGUACCAGACGAUCCGCGACGUUCUGGUCAGGAGGGCAGAGGACUUUUCCAGCAGGAAAGUUCCUGCAGUGGUUGUCGAUGCCCGCGGGGAUGGGACGUCCACCAAGGCAACUAAAGGCGUUCUGUUCGCCGAGUACGGUCCGGACUGGAGGCAGCAGCGGAGAUUUGCCCUGAAGACCCUCCGAGACUUCGGCGUCGGCAAGCGGAGCCUGGAGGGGAAGAUUUGUGAGGAGGCCGCUGCUAUUAGUCAGGAACUUGUGGCGAAAGACGGCCAGCCGUUCUACAUCAAGCACCUGAUGCAGGAUUCCGUUUCAAACAUCAUCUGCUCCAUCGUGUUCGGGAAGCGGUUCGAGUUUGGCGACCCCGAGUUUUUGUGGCUGAUUGAGGUACUGAACGAUAAUGUAGACGUAAGGCCAGCUGAGGACCUGCUGGCCAACAUUCACCCCGUGCUUCGCCACCUCCCCUUCGGGUCGCCGGAACAAAGGAAACUGGCAAAAAGCACGUCCAAACUCCAGACGUACUGUAGAGGACAGAUAGAGACGCACAGGGAGACCUUUGACCCUAACGACAUCCGUGACUUCAUCGAUGCCUUCCUACUUGAACAGCGACACGCUGGAGGAGACCAGACACAGAAUGGCUUCACGGACAAACAGCUACAGGAGAUAAUCAUGGACCUGUUCCUGGCUGGUACCGAGACCACUGCUACGACCAUGUGCUGGGCUCUGCUGUACAUGCUGCUGUAUCCAGACAUACAGGAAAAGGUGCAUGGAGAAAUCGACUCUGUCCUGGGACAGGCUGUUCCGUCCUACUCCCACCGGGACAAGAUGCCCUACACAACAGCGACCCUAGCGGAAGUACAGCGCAUCAACUCGGCAGUACCGCUCGGCGUUCCGCAUUCCCCCUCCAGAAAAGCUACGCUGAAAGGCUACACCAUCCCCGCCGACGUGUCCAUCCUGUCCAAUAUCUGGUCGGUGCACAUGGACCCUCAGCUGUUCCCGGAGCCACGGACGUUCAACCCCGACAGGUUCCUGGAUCAGGACGGGAACUUCGUCAAACACGAGGCGCUCAUCCCGUUCUCUGUCGGUCCUCGAGUGUGCCUGGGAGAACAGCUGGCCAGGAUGGAGCUUUUCCUGCUGUACGUUUCCUUGAUGCAGCGUUUCACCUUCCAACUGCCAGAGGGCGCCCCUACACCGUCGUCCGUUGGCAACAUGACCGCCCUGAUCAACAUGCCGCACCCUUUUGACCUGUGUGCUGUCUCACGUGGUUAGUGCCAAUACUAGGUUCAAGUUAGAAGAACACGGAAAGGACGAAAAGCAGUACAACGGACAUACCUGAAGACUGUGUAGAAAGCCGCAGGACAGGCGCCUUCUUAUGCAACUGCCUCUUGAUGAGCCUGCUGCAGUUCAAUAUUGAUCUCCACAGAGUGCUAUUUCAAAGAUUGCGUCAUAAGAUUUCUUAAGACAUUUUGGAGGCUGUACCCUAGAUUCAAACACAUUCGUUUUUCGCAUUU